AGAGGAAGAAGUUCAGUUUCACCGCGCUCUCUGUUGUUGUUUUGUCGGUGUGCUGCCUUAAUACAAACGGUUAGACAAGUUUCUAUAGAGAGAAAAUACAGAUUUUGAAUCAGUUCAGUAAAUACCUAUAACAUCCUCACAUUCGUGAGUUUUGAAGCGAGCAGGAAUAUCUGGAGGAGUACCAGCUGAACUUAGAUCUGCUGCUUUGAAAAUUAUGUUUAUUAAAGAAGAAACAGAAGAGAACACGAGUGAACCAGAAACCUGGAGAAUUAAACAAGAGGAACCAGAAACCUGGAGAUUAAAACACGAGGAACCAGAAACCUGGAGAAUAAAACAAGAAGAACCAGAAACAUGCAGAAUAAAAAAAGAGGAACAAGGAGAGUACAUUGAAGAAAAAGAGGAAAAUGAAGAAUCAAAUCAUCAAGAGACGCAGCAUGCAUGUGAUCAAUGCGGUAAAAUGUUUUUAUGGGCUUCACUUCUGAAGAAACACUUGAAAGUUCAUGCAAAGAAGAAGCCACAUUCAUGUAAUUUGUGUGGUAAGAGUUUUUUGCAUCUACAAAGUUUGAAAGAACAUAAGAAAAUACAUACUGGUGUGAAAGAGUACAUGUGCUUUGGGUGUGAAAAGACUUUUAGUUCAGUGAGCAGUUUAAAACUGCACGAGAGGAUUCACACUGGAGAGAAACCUUACAAGUGUUCACACUGUGACAAGAGAUUCAGUCAAUCAUCAAGUCUGAAAACACAUGAGAGGAUCCACACUGGAGAGAAACCUUACAAGUGUUCACACUGUGACAAGAGAUUCAGGGAUUCAACACAUCUGAAAAUACAUGAGAGGAUCCACACUGGAGAGAAACCUUACAAGUGUUCACACUGUGACAAGCGAUUCAGUCAGUCAGCAGAACUGAAAACACAUGAGAGGAUCCACACUGGAGAGAAACCUUACAAGUGUUCACACUGUGACAAGAGAUUCCGUAUUACAUUGAGUCUGAAAAGACAUGAGAGGACCCACACUGGAGAGAAACCUUACAAGUGUUCACACUGUGACAAGAGAUUCAGUGUUACAUCGAGUCUGAAAAGACAUGAGAGCAUUCACACUGGAGAGAAACCUUACAAGUGUUCACACUGUGACAAGAGAUUCAGUGAUUUGACACAUCUGAAAAGACAUGAGAUGAUUCACACUGGAGAGAAACCUUACAAGUGUUCACACUGUGACAAGAGAUUCUGUGAUUUGACACAUCUGAAAAGACAUGAGAGGAUCCACACUGGAGAGAAACCUUACAAGUGUUCACACUGUGACAUGAGAUUCAGUAAUUCGACACGUCUGAAAACACAUGAGAGGAUCCACACUGGAGAGAAACCUUACAAGUGUUCACACUGUGACAAGAUAUUCAGUGUGUCAUCAAGUCUGAAAACACAUGAGAGCAUUCACACUGGAGAGAAACCUUACAAGUGUUCACACUGUGACUGGAGAUUCAUUCGUACAGGAAAUCUGAAAAGACAUGAGAUGAUUCACACUGGAGAGAAACCUUACAAGUGUUCACACUGUGACAAGAGAUUCAGUGAUUUGACACAUCUGAAAAGACAUGAGAGGAUCCACACUGGAUAGAAACCUUACAAGUGUUCACACUGUGACAAGAGAUUCAGUGUGUCAUCAAGUCUGAAAACACAUGAGAGGAUUCACCCUGGAUAGAAAGCACAUCACCGCAAUGUACGUGAGAAGUGUUCCUUCCACACAGUCAUACAAAAAAACAAUCACAGUAAGGCCCCGUACACACGGAGACACAUUUAGUUGUAUAUGUAAAUAUUUUGUAUGGUAUAUGUUUUUCCUCCAGACGCAUCCAACAUUUUGGGAGAGUGAAUUAAUUUUUUUUUAAACUGGGUCCCAGAGUGGAUAAAUCUGAAAAUGACACCUUUUUUAUUUUUGUUUACUGCCAAUCCAUGUAUUUUGUUAAACAAUGAUGUCAUCACCCCACUUCUCUACUAUAGUCAGACACCGCUACAUCAUGUAACACCAACAACAAUGGAGGACUACAUGUUUGUGUUCAUGCUGUAGAAGCUACUGCGCCUAUUAGUUUGACUAAACUUACUAGUGGAGCAGCACAAUAUUGGAAAAAACAACACACAUUGUGAUAAUUUUUCUCGGCAAUGUAUAUUGCGAUAUGGAAAAAAAUCACCAGAUGAUCUGAACAGCUCUAUUUGGGGGAAAAAAAAAUAAUGAUUGGGGUGAUUUUGUAGGUGAUUAAAUCAGUUAAGAAAAUUAAAACAGAUAAAUACGAUAGAAAAAUGGUACAAAUGAAUUAAAAAAGUGCUUUAUAUUCUUCAGUCCAACUGUUACUGUCUGUUACGUUAAGUCUAAUACAUUACUGCUGCGUUACAUUGCUGACAGAAUGCAGUGUUUAUAAUCUAGAGAUUGUAAAGAGUAUGUAGCACACGCAUUGUCAAGUCAAGUCAAGUCAAGUACAGACUUGCUCCCGCGGGACCCGAUGCAACAGAGAGCGGUGCGGGACAAGACUUGUGUGUGUGCAGGACAGAGGAAAAUAUAAAAAGAAGUAUCUAAACAUAAAAAAUCUAAAACAAAUAAAUGAUUUAUCUAUUACACAAAAGCAAAAUGAACUCAUAUAUAAUAUAAACAAUUGACAGGUGCAAGCGUAUGCAGAGCUUCUAUUUAGGCUAUAACAGGGAUUGGUUUGUCGCACGAUGAGAUUGAUGAUGCAAGCACACCUUUUGUGAAUAAGUUUAAUUUCGGCUAAGCGAGUUUGUCGUUUUUGCUGUUUUCAUUUAAAAUAAAACAUUGAACCACAAACUAAGCAUUUAUUUUAAAAGGGGGAAAAUACCUUAUUUAUUUUGGUUACAAUAUCCAUCUUAUUCGUUUUUGUUAAUAAAAUUUAGAUCUUUAAAUGCCAAAGGGAAUUUGUACCAUUGUACUAUUUAAUGGCUUAUGUGUUUUAAUUAAUGGGCUAACAAUGAACCACAAACUACUAUAGUUUUAAAGAAAGAGGAAAUCCAAAGACCUUUUAAUUUUUUUGUGUAACAAUGCAGAUAAAACAUUUUCCUUAUAUUAAUAAAAGUUCAAAGUUUAAAAUUAGAGAAAUUGUCAUCGUACUGUUUUAGCAUGUUUUGUUAUUAAUAAUAAUAGGCUAAUGAUGAGCCACAAAUUAAGUAUUGGUUUGAAGUAAGAGGAAAAUGUAGAUUCAUAUUCACGUAUAUUCUGACAUAGUUUUGCACAUAGGCUGUGUCAUUUCAGGCAUAAAUUGAGAUAGAGGUGAGCAUAAUUCAGUGUCCACACACAUCUGCGUGGCUCUCACAGUGUCUACACCAUGCGCCAGCGGCGCAACAAAAUGCAAUAGAUCCCAUUAUAAUCAGUGAUGCUGUUUGCAGUAGAUGUGGUGCUACGUGACAAAUCGCAGAGAGUAAAUCAGUUCAAGCAAACGCACAAAACCUGAUUCAUAUUUAUAAAUCCAGCAGCACAUUAACCUUUAGUAAUCCUUGGUGUAUUUUAUAGUUCUUAUUAUUAGAAUUCAUAUUAUUAUUUUCCUAUCAGUAUUUUUGUUAGU